UAUAUAAUAGACAAGUCCAAUACACCGCUGUCAAAGACUUCUGUUUUGUCAGACAUAUUGAUAGAAAUGUCAUUAGUUAUGAAUUUUAGUUGUUAGCAAUUUACUCUUAUCCAUGUCCAAGACGGCGCAUAUUUUUUUUUGCUUCUGCGACAAAUAGAAUCUACAAAGGUGAUUUUCUACAAGAUAUAUUUAGGAAUCUUUAUAUUAUUAUGUGCCUGCUCAGUUGUAACCGCCGUCGUAAAUGCAUCCUCACGAGAAAUUCUGACAAGUAGACAUAAACUACUGAAUACGGGCAUCGAAACAAAACCUGGGCAAUGGCCUCAUCACGUGUUGGUCUACAGGCUAUACGAUCGGUGGAGGUUGAUGUACCGAGCCUUCUGUGCCGGCUCUAUCAUUGCAGAGACCAGGGUUCUCACGUCAGCGCAUUGUUUCCUUACAAAUAGAAAACAUUUAAGACAUGACCUACGUUAUAUUCGGAUAGCGGCUGGUAUACUUCAUACAAUGGCAUCACAACCAUCAGUUGACGACGUCCAACAAUGGCGUUCGGUCAAACAUCUAUAUUCGCAGAGGUUCUAUCGAUUUCCGGCUUACAACUUAGGAGUGGUGUUAAUAGACAAACCCUGGGUGUUCAACAAUUUUGUAAAUAAAAUACCAAUUUCAUCCACAUUCGGCGAUUACGAUGGCGUUUGUACAGCUACUGCUGUUAAGGCUACCAAGAGUUGGUCAAGAAUCAGGUACUUACACACUGAGGAGGUAGAGAUGAUAAAAAGAGAAGAUUGCGAGAGAAUAUUAUGCAGAAGCUGUAGACUGUUUAUGUGCACUGUUAACGACCUUAGGAGUGAUCAUGCUUUUUCAGAAACCGAAGGUGGUGGUUUGGUUUGUUACGCGACUGGAGAUCCAAACGAAGAAGAUGAAGAUCAAGGUAUAUUGGUUGCUGUAUCUUCAAUCAUAAACAUAGGGCUGCCCAAUCUACACAUGCGCGUCGGUCUGUUUCACCAGUGGGUAACAGACAUGGGCUCCAAAGUGUACGUCAACCAAUUGAUGAUCGUAAUUUGUGUAACUAUUUGUUUAAUUAAAAUCUUUUUGAUGUAA